AUCAUGAAACCGGGCUCGGGGGAUAAUGCUGUCAUGUACCACAAUUACCUCUGCACCAACAUUUGCUAAGCAGCAGCGGUGGGAGGCACCAUUUGUUGUUCCUGUCACAUUUUUGUGGAGUCAUUUUCUUUUUUUUUUUAGAAAAGCCAAAUAUAAAGCCAGGGAUGGGGAGCGUGAGGCGAAAAUAAAAAGCAGAGGCGGUUUGCUUGUUUUUUUGUCUUUUUUUGCUGCAUCCCGCCCCGGUGUUGCUGAAGAGGGGAACGUUGUGAAUGACUGAGGCAGCAGAGCAGUGGAGUGAGACUAACAAGUGGUUGCCAUGCAGCAGGAGCAGGCGUCCCUGCUUCUGGAGGGAGAGAGAUAGAGAAACAGAAUGAUAAUGAAUAGGAGGCGGCAAGUAUGGGGAGCACGAGUUGAGGAGCCGCAUCUCUGAGGAGCGACACAUAUCAUAGCUCGAUCCAGCACCUCCCUCGCUUCCCCGUUUCUCUCUUUAUCUCUUUAGCUAUUUGUUUGGACGGGAAGUCAGUCCUGCACAUGAAGCGUGUGGUAAUGGACGGACUAAUGGAUAUGAGGGCUGCAAGGAAGAGGAGUUGUUUAAAAGGAACAGCAGCAACAGGUCUGUGAGGAUGGAACAAUAAUGAAGGUAACAUGCAGGCUUCGAAACGCCUGACCCCAUCCGAGGAGAGAUGAAGCGCCCGGAUGUUGGUUUACCAUGUGCAGCGUCCACUAUAACCACACCCUUGCUGCCAUGAGCGGAAACGACAUGAUGGCGCACUCUCUGACUCUGGAGCAGAAGACGGCGUUUGCCUUUGUGGGGAUGCUGCUGGUGUUCCUGGGGCUGCUGAUAGUGAGGUGUUUCAGGAUCCUGCUGGAUCCCUACAGCAGCAUGCCUUCCUCCAACUGGGCUGAUGGCGUCGAGGGGCUGGAGAAAGGGACGUUUGAGUACGCCCUUACCUAACACGGGGACACACACAUGUCCUCAUGAACGGAAACAGCCACAGACAGACAUACAGUAUAUAUAUAUACACACGCAGACACACGCAAGACACAGCUCUGCACAAGCAUUGCAACCAUAGCACGUGACACAACAUUACUCGAUGACGGACCGCCGCACCCGGAGACUGAAGCCUGUGUGUUGUCCAGCGGGCGUGCAGUUCACAUCCAGUAUGGAGUCUCUGUGAGAGUAGAUGUUUGUUUUUGUGUGUAUCUGAGUGAGUGAGAUGCACAGCUGUUUCAUAUUAUUUUCCCCUCUGCGAGGGGUGUGUGUUUCUCAACUCAUGGACUUACACAAAAUUGACUGAAUCUCCCUUUAACUAGUACCCACAGUUGGAAUGUCUGUGGAUAGAGGUGGUGGGACUAGGCCGCAAAGUGAGAUUAUUCAGAUGCAUUUUGAAGACUCAGGGACAAGAUACCUUAUGUGUAAAGAUGGGUCCUUUCCAUCGCAUCAUGAAAGGCAACUCGACCACCUGUGAUUAACAUUAUGAUGUUACUGUUUCUAAAUAAUGCAAACAUUAUACAAAAGUACAAGCUGUUUACUCAAGAUAGUGUGUCCGGAAAGAAUACGAUGAUGUGGAUUUAUGGACUGUCAUUUAUUCCGGCUGUCAAGCAUUCUGUUGAAAUAGUUGGCCGAUGCAACAAAGCCAAAGAACCUUUAAGGGAUAUGAGGGUUGAAAACCGGGAAGGACUCACUCACUCUGCGCUGCUAUUUUCUAUCCGACAGGGAUAAACUCUUACUAUACCUGUAAGAGGAAAAGGUCACAAGGAAAACGUGGGUGGAAUAUCUGUCAGCGCCGGACGUGAACAUCUUUUUUUUCGUCCAAAUUCUCUGCCAUCCUCACCCUUUCUCAUUUACUUACCUCCUUCCAGACAGAGGAGGACAAGGCAUUUAUUAAAAAAAAGAGAUCCUGUAAUAAGGCAGACAGGUGAAAGACUUGAGUGUUUUGCUAAAUGGUCUACGGUUUCUCCUUAGUGCUGUGAAUCUGCCUUACUGUGACCUUCAAUGGGUUAAUGUGCCUUCAUCUAGAAACAGUAGAGCACCUGUGCAUGCACGUGUGUGUGUGUGUGUGUGUGUGUGUGUGUGUGUGUGCGUGCACGUGUGUGUGUGUGUGUGUGUGUGUGUGGCAUAUCAUGAGGACGUCUCCCGACCUGCUUGUUCAGCUAGUAGAUUUAGUUUUGAUUAAACUUCAAUUUGAAAUAUCGAAUCUUUGUUUUUUUUGAGGGCCCUUUUAUUGCAAUCUGCAGAACACGUCCAGUAAAAUGUGCUCGUGUGUGAUUUUAUAAACUGCCGUGAUGCUCUAUGGGGCAGUCUUGGCUUCAGGAAAAGUCGAUGCCUUGAUAUCUUCUCUAAUUCUAAACUAUGCCCGUAGCUGUCCAACGUCGCUGCGGCAGCAGACCGAGAGGAAGCAAGUGUGUGCGCUUGAGCAACACAAAUCCAGACAAUCCAAAUUUUAACAAUCCCGGAAUGAAUACAAGGAGCUUAUCGUGUGUGUAUGUAUGUGCACACACGAUACGGUCCCGUGGUGAUAAGGCAGGUCAUGUUCACACUCAACACACUUUAGUCGUUACGAACGUGAUCAUUAUCGCACCAUUGUCUCAGUCACCUGUGUGACACCCUUAUCUGAAAUCUAUUUUUAGUGGAAAAAAACACAGUCCUUUGCACCCUGGUCUAGAAGCCCACUUCCCUAAGGAAAAUAACUAACCCGACUGGGGGUUGUAAAUCUAUUACAUUUUAACAAAUGUGCUACUUUGCAUUGAAUCUUCAUAGGUAAAAUACUGAUCACUUCCCUUCUGUGAUUGGAACCAAGAUAGACAAAUGACUCAUCUUUGCAAAUAAAGGGAAAAAUUCUGA